AACGGCGAGAGAAGUUGACCUUCAUUAUCCUCAGUCUUGAACCCGGCCAGUUCUAGUGCGGACCCCUAGUUCAUUGAAAAGCGACAUUGUUUCUUUAAGAUUCGACUUUCAGCCAUCAGCGGGUCUGUCUGUUCAUUGUUGGAGAGAGAGAGAGAGAGAGAGAGAGAGAGAGAGAGAGAGAGAAAGAAAGAGACAGCGAGUUGAGAUUGAUAUACGGGUGCUGAGGACAAGUCGUGCAUAAUAUCAUCGAGCAGCUGGGGUGGAAAGUAGCACAGAACCCCGGUAUUGAGCACACAUCCUACCAGAGACAACAUGGGUUGUUAUGACUGCUGUAUGAAGUGCCUGGGAGGGGUACCAUAUUGCUCCCUGGUGGCCACUCUGCUGUGUUUCUCUGGGAUCGCUCUGUUCUGUGGCUGUGGUCACCAGGCCCUCACUGAGACGGAGAGACUCAUCGAGACAUACUUCGCCCGUAACCUACAGGACUACAUUACCCUGGCCUACCUUAUCCAGUACUUCCAGUAUGUUAUCUAUGGCUUGGCUUCAUUCUUCUUCCUCUACUGCAUCGUACUGCUGGCGGAGGGAUUCUACACCACCAGCGCCGCCAAGCAGUCCUUCGGAGAGUUCAGGAGCACCCUGUGUGGACGAUGUCUUAGUAGCACGUUUAUAUUGAUAACGUACCUUCUGGCAGUGGUGUGGCUGUUGGUGUUUGCCUUCUCUGCCUUGCCUGUCUAUUUCUUCUACAACAUGGACGCUACCUGCCACACCAUCACCGUCCUGACUGAGACCCCAGCUAGCAUCAACCAGCUCUGUAUCGACGCCAGGCAGUACGGGCUCUUACCAUGGAAUGCGUUGCCAGGCAAAGCUUGUGGAAUGACACUGUCCACUGUCUGCAAAACCAGAGAGUUCCGUGUGACCUACGACCUGUACAUCGCAGCGUUUGCCGGGGCUGGCAUCACACUGUUGGCUCUGCUCACCUACAUGGUGUCCACCACCUAUAACUUUGCGGUGCUGCGGUACCUGGGGAGAAAGGGCAUAGGCACACGGUGUUAAGACUCUCCACUUCUUGUCUCCCGAUCCGACACAGAGACACCCAGAGGGGACACUAUGACUCCCUAACACCCCUCUGCCUAUCCUCAACACCACCGGUGGAGUUGAUUCUUUGAACUUGAGUGAUUGAUUCUUUGAACGAUUCCUAUUCCUUCACGACCCCAACCUUUCCAUGUACUGUGUCUUCGUAGCACCAUGGGUGGUUUGGUCGAAACCCAGACGUAUACUACCUUAGUCUACUGCUUUGUCACACUGUUCUUCUCCUGUUAUAUUUACUUUGCUCUGAAGCUGUCUUCUUCAAGUUAGAAGUUUUCUGUAUUUUUGUUUUUCUCCAUGUGUAUUUUAUCAUGGGUUCGUAAAGUAAUGUUCCUCAUAUACUGCAGUUAGUGUGCCUGACGUAUACUUCAUGUUUUCUUCACUUUUUAAAACGUAAAUCACAUGUAAAAACCUACCUAGUAAUAUAACAAAGAUCAUUUUAUUUGACAAAAGUAUUCAGUUAUAAAUGUCCCACUGACUCUCGUGGUUAGGGACUACUUGGUUAGGGACUACUUGGUUAGGGACUACUUGGUUAGGGACUACUUUGGGAUUAUAAUCGGUUACCAUGGGUACAGUCCCUCACAUCUGGUUGCCAUGGUGCCAGACAUGUGUGCGUUUGCAGUUCUUCUCUCUGACCUCAGGGCCUUUUCUCACGGGAGGCAGAAAGGCCUCAACAAUGGAGGCCGCCCCCCUUAGGACUUCUUAGAAAACUAACCAAUCAGAGGGGGUUCCUAGGGUCUACCUGCCCCGGCUCCCGGGUAGGGGGUGGGCGGGAGGUCUGUGUGACAAGACCCCUUUGUUACUAUAGGGACCGUGGUCUAUGGCAAGGGUCAGAUUGUAUGUCAUAGGGAGAGGGUCUCAUGACAAAGACAGGAGAAAGGCUGAAGGCUUCCCUCAAAGGCCUGAAUACAACCCUGCUGUGACGAACGCACUGCUGCACGACAUCCCAUCUGUUGGAGGUGAUGGAUCCUGUGAAGGGACUUGGAAAGAAAAGGGUUAACAUUUUGUUUGAAUGAACGGGAUAUCUCUGAGAGAAAAGGGUUAACAUUUUGUUUGAAUGAACGGGAUAUCUCUGAGAGAAAAGGGUUAACAUUUUGUUUGAAUGAACGGGAUAUCUCUGAGAGAAAAGGGACAACAUUUUGUUUGAAUGAACGGGAUAUCUCUGAGAGAAAAGGGUUAACAUUUUGUUUGAAUGAACGGGAUAUCUCUGAGAGAAAAGGGACAACAUUUUGUUUGAAUGAACGGGAUAUCUCUGAGAGAAAAGGGACAACAUUUUGUUUGAAUGAACGGGAUAUCUCUGAGAGAAAAGGGACAACAUUUUGUUUGAAUGAACGGGAUAUCUCUGAGAGAAAAGGGACAACAUUUUGUUUGAAUGAACGGGAUAUCUCAGAGAAAAGGGACAACAUUUUUAGUGAGUUUGUGCCAUAGAUUUCUGGUUAGUACAGAUCAAUAGGAGAAGUCCUUAAUAUCUCUGUUUUUAAUGUUGAGAUAAUAAAGUUGUUACAUGUGCUUCAUUUUUUUUUUAGCAACCUUCAUGUUAUUUAGAAGUUUAAAACAUCUCUGAAGAUGCUUGACUCUGUAUGGCUCUGCAUUGAGGUGAUAUUAUCAUUGCUCCCCCUUCUGGCAGUUUACGUUCGCAAGGGAUGAGGGUCUGUUAUAGAGGCAAAACAAUGCAGUUUUUAUAUAGUUUUGUCUCUGUAGCUGUCUAGAAAAUAUUAGUAGUUAUUGUAUAACACCCCUAGUACUUACUGUAGGUAAAUGUACUAAUCUUAAUGACAAUUCACACUUUGUUUAAUCUCUUGCUAACAAAAUAUCUUGUAACAUACUGUGAGUAUAGGUUAUCCAAUUGGGUGGAAGCUUGAUCCAACAGCUCAGGUUGGUUUUGUGAACUGACGGCUGGCUGGUUGUCUGUUUUUUGUUUCUUUGUGUUUUAUGAUAUGUUGGUUUGGCAAUAAAAGAUGGUCUGUCCUUUUUUAAA